AUGGAUGAUUUAAGUGCUGGUAAUAGUAGUUCUUUGAAGAAAAUGGUAAUCACGAAAUCAAAUGAUGAGUGGGUAUCAACAAUAAAAUCUGAGAAAGAAAGUAAAAUGAUUUCUACGAACUUUUCUAUUACUGAACAACAAACACCAUUUGUAAACAUAAAAGUAGAACAGGAUGAUGAAAUUCAAACUGUCUUAUCAGAUACUGAAGAACAGUUCUCUUUUAAUCACGACGAAGAUCCCUUGACUGACGAGUUGAAGAAGAAACGACGUCGAAGAGGAUCAGCACAGAAACAUGAAACGCCAGAAGAACGAGCAUUAAGACUUGCAAAAAUGUCGGCAUAUGCAUCACAAAGGCUUGCUAAUGAAACUCCAGAGCAAAGAGCUAUGCGUCUUAAACGUAUGUCUGACUAUGCAUCAAGAAGAUUGGCACAAGAAUCACCUGAGCAGAGGGCAAAGCGCUUAGCUCGUAUGUCAGCGUAUGCUGCCAAGAGACUGGCUAAUGAAACAACUGAUCAAAGGCAAGCACGCUUGGCUAGAAUGUCUGCCUAUGCAGCAAGAAGAAAUGCCAAGAAAAAAGUUACUAAUUCUAGCCUUUCAAAUGAUUCUAACUAUAUAACAUGA